AAAGUCUAUUAGAUUUUGAAACAAUAUCUUCAAAUAUUUUGGAUGAGAUUAACGAAAUUGGGCGCAAAAUACCGUCAGUUAUCAAAGGGUUUAUAUUUAAUUUCAAUGAAUUAGAGAUUAACAGAUGUAAGGAGUUAUUCAGUUCAGUGGCUGUCAUUAAAGACCCCACUGUUAGGGCCGUAGCCUAUGAAGUAAAGUGUGUUUCGGAUGCGAUUCAGUUGUUACACAAUCGGACAAAUCAAAAGUUUUUACGAAUGGUUAAAAUGUGUUCAAAAAUUAAUGGAUUCAAUGAGUUGUGCGAAGACGACAAGAUUGCACUCCUGAAGACGGCCUGUCCUCAGCUCAUGAUUUUGCUGAGUGUUAUACUAUUCGACUUCGAGGGCCAGUUCUGGACGAUUCCCAUUGACGAAGAGAAGGCAACGAUAUUACCGAUGAGUGUUCUCAAGACGUGGAGUGAAAUAGUGGUCGAAAUACAAAAGAAAUUUAUAGGAUUAAUAUUUAACUUCAAUGAGUUAGAGAUUAACAGAUUUAAGGAGUUAUUCAAUUCAGUGGCUGUCGUUAGGAACCCGACCGUGAGAUCCAUAGCGUAUGAGACGGUGAAUGUUAGGGAAGCGCUCGAGUUGUUGCUAAACGGAGCGAAUGUCAUGUUUUCACGAAUGGUUAAAAUGUCGCUAAAAAUUAGUGGAUUCACUGAUUUGUGCGAAGACGACAAGAUUGUGCUCUUGAAGGCCGCCUGUCCUCAGCUCACGAUUUUGCAGAGUAUUAUAAUUUUCAAUUUCAACGGCGAGUUCUGGACUAUUCCUAUCAUAUAUUAA